UUUAGCUUCUUGGACAACGCAACCAACCGUAAAAUGCCAAAAUUGUAACUACGGACAGUCAGUAUUGGGGGGCAUGAACAUAAAAAUGGAUUGGGAAGGCAAAGUUUCAUCCCUUUUGCGUGAAACGCAAUCAAAUUUGUCUCGGAUGAAGAGAAGAGUUGGAGAUGGUACCUGUUUCCGUGGUAGCAACGACUGGAAGUACAAGAGAUAUUCCAGUUCAUCUCCGACAAUGAGGAGAUUUUCUUCCACGUCAGACAUACCACGAACCUCCCAGUACCCUGGUGGUAUGACAUCAUCUUUCAGACAGGGGACACAACUCAGUACAAUACCAGAUACCUAUGAAUCAAGUGCCUUAGAUAAUAAGUCAUAUACCCCUGGCGGUGCUCUGACUGGCACCGCAUAUGGUGCCAAUCACAGCACAACAUACACAGGGGCCACUGGUGGUGCUAGUUCAAACCCCAUGUUUACACAAUCACUGCAGGAGAAACUGGACCAACAAAACAAGCUAAUAGAUCAACUGAUGCAGAUGGUUCACAAGCUUGAAAGUGAGAGAAACAAUUAUGGAGAGCAGAUCCGAGAUAUCCGAGGAGAGAUACAAUCACUGGGUGGGAGGAUGUAUGACAAGAAUUCAGACAACUCAAUAGAGCGUCGCAUGGAGCAGGUGAAGCGUGAGAUGUUGUCUGAGAUACAUGUGCUGCAAAAUCAGGUACAAGUGUACCGAAACAAGGGGGACAACCCAGUGUCAGACAUUCAAGUGAACUCCCUCAGUAGAGAUAUGCAGGAUAUGAAACACACUUUAAGAGAUGAAAUGGAAACUGUGAAGAGGGAUGUAGAAGUACUGAAGAGUAGACUCAUGAAAAUAGAACUGGAUAUGUCAGGCAUUUACUCUGACCGUAAAGACAUUGAACGUCGUCAAGACAGGAUUGAUAGGACUGUGCAAGAUUUGUCUUCUUCUCCUGCCAAAACACUGUCCACUCCGUACUGGUCAUCACCUGGGCAUGCCCCUACUACUUCCGACAAAUUACACAUGUCAGAGCUCAGGUCAACUAUCACCACCCUACAACACAAGGUCGACAACAUGGAAGUAUCCAUGCACAGUCGUGAUGUCACAGCCACAGCUGGUAACCGACCAUACACACAAACAAAUGGGUAUCGGUCAGACAGUACUGGUGUGAUGGACUUGGAAGAGCUUAAUUUGAGUGACGACGACGACGAAGAAACAAGUCUAGAUACAUUUACAGAUAGACCCACCAAACAGAAGAAAACAUUGAAAACGUCAGACCCAGACAAUCUCAUUCUUGACUCUGAUGAAGACCUUGACCUGGAUGACCUUGACCUAAGUGAUGAGGAUACUGUGUCGCUAGAUUCACAUCACUUUUGAUACAGUCAAAUUCUAGCAGACCACAUCAUCUUUUCAAGAACUACUGCCAAAAUGUGUCCAGAACCAUACAGUUCCACCAGAUAUUUCACAGAGAAUAAUAUGAAAAUACCACAAUCGGAGGUUGUUGAGUUGUCAAAAUUUGUCAAAGUAAAAACAUUAUACUGACAUGAUAUUGUAGACAAACUUUGUCUUAAGAAAACAAAAUUGAUCUCUCUUCAGUUAUAUAACUCUUGAUGAAAAAAUAUAUUGUAACAGACAUCUUAUAUGUAUAGCUUAGGUAGUAGUUUAUUUACUCCAAACAGUUAAAUUUUAUUGAUUUACAUUAAUAAAGCUAAGACAUUAUAAGAUGUUACUAUAAACUUAAAAUAAAUUCUGCAUAUCAUUAUCUGCUGUGCUGAAAAAUUAAUAGAAUAUGUUAUGUUUAAAAAAUCAAUAUUUUCUGUGAAAAUAGAUCAUCUAAUGGAUAGCACUUAAUUUUAAUCCUUGAUUGUCUUUUUUUAUGUUACAAACCCUGUAUCAAAAUAUAUGUAUA